AUGGUUGGCCAUAGAUCGGCAAGUCGAUUAUCACAAUGUGUUUCCUCACGCUACCUUGGAAGUCGAAGUUGUCGGCGAUACUUCCAGAGCAGUCCCACACAAUCAUCUGAGCAAACACUACCCCUGUAUCCAUCCGUCGCGCAACUCAUCCAUGAGAAUCAAAUCCCGGACUCCGAGAUCCCCAAAAUUCCUGCGACGGGGCCGAAUGGUCGAUUGCUCAAGGGCGACGUGCUUUCUUACAUUGGCACAAUUCCUUCUGAUUAUCCAUCAAGUCUCUCCUCUCGCCUCUCCAAACUCACACACCUCGACCUUAGUAAUAUCAAACCUGCAGCUUCACCGGCUCCAGCUCCGGCUCCGGCACCUGCAAAAGAACGGGAAGAGGUAGCGCCACCCGCCGAUGCUCUGCCUUUACCGGUGGAGGACAUUGAAUCUAGACUUGCCCUUCCAAUUUCCUUAUCUCGUGUACUUCGCGUACAGAAGCGGGUUCGAUCCGCGAUUGGAGUGAAUAUUCCAUUGGCUACCUUUGUCGAACGGGCCACAGAAAUUGCCAACGAUGAGCUCCCCGUUACCCGAUGUCGUACGGGGCGAGAGAUGGCGGAUCAGAUUUUUGAUGAGAUUGUUGGCAUCCGGAGAUCGUCCACAAAUGAACCGCCACCGACAUCGAGGGGAGACUAUUUUCCAGAUAUCAUUUCGGCUUCGGACCUGAACUCAGCGCCUGAAAGUUUACUCGAACCAGAAGCGGAUAUUAUCGAUAUCCUUUCUGGAAAGGUGUCCACCAAAAACAUUGUUCGUCGCCAACAGGGAGAGAAAAUAUCGGCAGCUGAGGGAGAUGGAGAAACGAGUGUAUUUAGUAUAACUGUGCCUAAUGAGGAAAAGCUGAGAGGCCAGGCGUUUCUAGCAAGAAUGCAGGUUGUAUUAGAAGAUGAACCUGAGAAGUUAGUGAUGUUGUGA